AUGAAGGUCACUUUCGCUCUCGUUUCUCUUCUCCCUCUUCUGGCAGCUGCCAGAACCCAGCCCAUGGCUCGGAAUCUUCCCACCGUUGACUUGGCCAGCCUCAACGAAGGCGAUUUCCACAGAUCCGCCGCCAGAAUCGGCAAGAGCGUCAUGGGCCCGGACGACGAUCUGUGCCCUGUUGGCUACCCUUUCGUCUGCAACGGCCGCUGCUGUCCGUUUAACCUUUGCUGCGCCAAGCAGUGCUGCAGCCUUAACACAGACUUCUGCGGAGCUGAUGGGCAAUGCUACAAGUAUGACUCAUCCAAGGCGCACGGCUUUACCGACAGCGCGGCUUCUUAG